AGUGAAAAAUAGGAUGGGCUCAACUAAGUUUUCUAUGUUUUCUUUCUGAAAAUCUUAGACUAAGAGAAAUGUUUUAAAUGAUAUAAUGGAAUUUCGGGGAAAAUAGGAAAACUUGGAGUUUAUAAUUGUUUUUUGCUGUGAAGAUAAAUAGCUUGAGAUUGAACGGAUGGAGACUGAGAGAAGAUGAAGGAUAGCUUGAAGGACAGUGGUGUGUGAUAAUGCAGAUUCCAUCAUGACUUGAAUAACGCAAGAUGUUAAAGUCGAGCCAAUUGAGAAGUUCUAUAGUUUAAGCCGGACUUUACAUGGAGGAGUAAUAAGUUAUUGAUUGACCAAUCAAAAUGAGUGUAACAUAAAGCAGUAGAGAAAGGGGGAGGAGCAAAGAGUUUAGGUAUAAGACACUCGUAGCACAUUAACAUCCAGCUUUACUUUCUGAGAUUGAAGAUAUGUUUCAUGAGGUAAGAAUGCGAUGAAGAAGAGCUUGGGCAGUUGUGCGACCAUCAUGCGUGUAAACCCUCGAAGGGCGUUCGUCUUCCUUAUCGUCUUGUGUACAUGCAUACUCAGCUUCUCAUUCUGGUCAAGAUGUCCUUUAAAUGACCAGCAGCAGACUGUCAGGGAGAGCAGUGAGGUACAAGGCUCACUCGACCAGUCUGUACACUUCCGGAAUCGUAAUGCCAACAACUAUGACGUUCCUGCGGAGAUGGAGAUGGCUGGCGGGGGGUCGAGCAUGCAUGAGAUCACGUGCGAGAUAAACCAUGAAUACUCCGUACAGUGUCGCAGGGAAGAGAAUGAGGUGUACAUGCCCUUCAGCUUCAUCAAGAAGUACUUUGAGGUGUACGGUGAGAUUCAAGUUUCGGAGGGUGAUGAGAAGUUUGAAUUCUCCCACAGCUACUCAGAAGUGCACGUGCCACCAGAGGUGAUUCGGCCUGACGGCAUCUUCAUGUCCUUUGAGCACUACAAUGUGGAGAUACGCAAACGUGUCAAGUGUAUCACAGCUACUGAAGGUGUGCCUGUCUCAACCCAGUGGGAAGCAUCGGGACACUUCUACCCGAUACAGAUCGCCCAGUUUGGGCUCUCCCACUACAGCAAGCAUCUGGUGGAGGGGAAGCCCACAGUUACCCGCCUCAUCACGGGCAAUGACCUUGACCUCGACCUGUGGGCAUACAGUAGCAGUAAGACCACCGCCCGGAGUCUGUUUGAUCGCACCAGACAGUCUGAUGUGAUACAGUUUAAGACUUCAGACAGCCUCUCAAACACGGGCUUGCAGUAUGAAUUGAAGGAAAAGAACAAUUUUGCUGUGACCCUUGACUUUAAGAUGAUCUCCAACGGAAGUGUGACAGCCUCACUCAAAUCCGACACUUACACAUUCCAUAUUCACUACGUGUUUUCAAACACGCUCAUUUCAUGUGAUGGUAGAAAUAUAUUUUUCGGACUCGGAGAAAACCGUCGGGGAAAGUGGAUUCACCUAGCACGAGAUGUAAAUAUGGACCUCUUAAAGGGGCUAGCAUUAAAAUGUUCCAAACAUAGAAAAAUGAAAGAUUUGACUUUCUUGGGGUUAUCAAUACGUGGUCAGGGAUGGGUGGAUAACGUAACACUGGCUUCAGCUGCUCACAUGGACCACUUCUUUGACGCUGCCAACUGGUUUGUGAAUCAUCAGGAUUCUCGAGGGGGUUGGCCUAUCAAGGUCACUCGAAAGCUGCUCUCUGGUGUGAUGGAGCUUCCCCCAGGGUGGUACUCAGCAAUGGCUCAGGGGCAGGCUAUGUCCACGCUUGUGAGAGCAUACCUACGCUCAGGAAGCAAGGUGUACUUGCAGGCCGCAACUGACGCUCUGAAAAUAUUUGAGAUAAGCAGUGCUCAAGGUGGGGUGAAAGCCAGAUUUGCUAAUUCCUAUGACUGGUAUGAGGAAUACCCCACCACCCCAAGUAGUUUUGUGUUAAACGGGUUCAUCUUCUCAUUGUUUGGAUUAUAUGACUUGAAGCAAGUGGCCGAAGGGCAAGCCUUAGAAACAGUGACUCGUAUUUACAAUGAGGGUAUCAAAUCCCUAAAAGCAAUGUUGUUAAUGUAUGAUUCUGGUACAGGUACAUUUUACGACCUGCGACAUAUAACUGUUGGGAUUGCACCCAAUCGAGCUCGCUGGGAUUAUCAUACUGUUCAUAUCAGUCAGCUUCUGCAGCUGAGCAGGAUGGAGGAUGACCCACUGUUUAUGAGAACGGCUAAGAGGUGGCAGGACUACAUGCAGGGAAAAUGGUCGACACACAACUAGUUGCAUGUUAGGGUUCUUGUAAUUUUUUAAAAGAAAAGUGCUCGCCCUAUAGUAAUUCCUAUUAAAAGUUGUUUGCUGUUUACAAUAUAUCUUUGUGAAAAAGGAGUCAAAAUAAAAUCUUGUUUUAAUAGUUAUGAAUUUGUGUACUAAAUGGUUGUGACACAAAGUAAUCCGUUCUUGUUAGCUGAUUUCAGACAAUUUUGUCCAGGAUAUUUGCUUUAUGGUUCAGAAAAACUUGUGUAAGAGUUGGACAAGUCAAGUUGGAACUAGUGCAUAAGGUGAAUGACCACCUGUGUAAGCCAGUAUGUCAAGGGGAAAGAGAAAAGGAGGAGAGAAUUGGACAUGCAGCAGGGACAAUAUAUACAAUGCCAAUAUAGAGCACUGAAGCCGAAAAGGGCUGGUCUGAUUUCACAGAAGACUGUGUUCAGCAUUCAUAGAUCCUAGGUUCCAUACACAAUGUGUAGAGAAUUCUUGCAUACAAUGCUCUAUGCUAGUAGUAGUAAAUUUAUUAACAAUUGCUAUUCCAAAAAGCUUGAUUUUUGGUAGUUUAACUUCAAUAUGUCUGAGUGAUAUUACUUUUUGUAUAAAAAGUGAUGUAUAAUUGAAGUUUUAAUGCACCAGUCAAUUGAAACCACAGCCCCUCCAGGUCCGGGGAUAGCCGGGGAAAUGGGCGGUGUUUUUACCUUCCAGGUGGCCCUGCAGUGCCGGGUGAAUGCGGUGGUUUUGUCUUUGCGCAAAAUAUAGCGGUGAAUGGGCCUUACCUAGGGUCCCUGGGGUGCAGGGGCAAUUAGCGGGGAUUUUACCAGCAGUUUGUCCCUGCAGGGCGGGGAUUUUACCAGGGGUUGGCUGGACCGAAAGUCAAAGUCCCCGCUAUUCCCCGGACCUUGGGGGGCCGUGGUUACAAUUGAAUGUGACGAAAACAGGAAUUUAUAAGAAAUUCAAUAUGCAUCAGAAUGACCAAAUAGUGUCCACAGCUUGGCAUUAUAGAACAAGGAAGGUACAAGGAUUGGAGGAUAUUGCGAUUCAUUGAACAAGGAAGAUAUGUAUGGAUUCAUUCCUCGCUUCUGUCUCCAUUUUGGUUCUGUGUCAGACACAAUGUUUCAACAAAGGGUUUUAUAUUUAUGUGAUGAUUUUAAUGUGACAAUCUGUUCUAUACUAAUGUCUAUCUAUAUUUCAUUAUUAUGAUUCUCAUUAAUAUUUUAGAUAAUAAAAUCAUAAUGUAUGGUACAAUUGUUUCUGAAAAAUAUUUCAACUUUUGGAUAAAAUGCUCGAUUGUUAAAUCAUGUUUUGAUAUAGUUGUUUUGAAUAAUAAUGAUAGAUAUAGUGAACCAUAAAUGUGAUAUGUACAUAAACUUUUAUCAUGUUGUUCAAGAAACAUUAUAUUGUCCUGUUUGUAUGCCUGUGUGUGUACUGACUGCAAGCAAAUAAACUCUGAUGUUGUUCAACAGAAUUAUGUCAGAGACAAGUAUUUUGUAUAAAAUAUUUCAUGCAUUCAUUCCAUUUUCACUGUUAUAACAUUCAGCUAGAAGUUUGGUUGUAUAUGCAUAUUUUUUAAAUACUAGUUUAUUGAUAAAAAUGGUUUGUGUUUGAAGUUAGAACUGUUAGAUAAAUAUUUCGUGCAUUCAUUCCAUUUUCACUGUUAUAACAUUCAGCUAGAAGUUUGGUUGUAUAUGCAUACUUUUUAAAUACUAGUUUAUUGAUAAAAAUGGUUUGUGUUUGAAGUUAGAACUGUUAGAUAAUCUUACAAGUUUAUAAUGUUGCAUGGCUUGGCUUUUGAUAUUGAAAAUUUUAACUGUACAUGUAUCCAAAUUAAAAUGAUUUUUCUUUUCAUGGUGCUUGUAACAAUAGGCUAGCCAUC